AUGGGCAACAAGAAAUCAACAUUACGCUUUCAAAAGAAGUCGAAGAAGGACGAUACCCCUUCUAUUGUGAGCUCUCGGAGUACCACUCAGUCGAAUUCUCGAGUGAUGCACGGCCGGGAGUUCCAUAAUGUGGAAAGCAGCACAUACGUCCUACCGAAGGAUGAUUUCGAGAAAGAUCGACUUCAUCAGCAACACUUUGUGGUCAAGGAACAGCUGAAAGGAAACAUUCUUAACAAGGAGAUGAUGGCGCCUCUUUUCGAGAAAGGAAUAUAUGCCUUGGAUGUGGGAUGUGGUCCUGGUAGCUGGGUGUUGGAUAUGGCCACCGAUUUUCCUAAUUCAGAGUUCGAAGGCAUGGACAUGGCAGAAACUUUUCCCACUGCAAUUCAUCCUCCCAACGUUCAUUUCCACAAAGGAAACUUACUCGAGCCUCUCACUUACGACCGUCAGUUUGAUUUCGUUCAAAUGAGGUUCUUUGCACUCGGUCUUCGCAAGGAAGAGUGGGCCCUUACCUACAAAAACAUCCACGCAGCCUUGAAGAAUGGUGGUUAUUUCCAGCACGUCGAAACCACUGCCAUCCCUGAGACCACUGACCCAACCGUCAAGCGAGUUUUCGAGGCCUUGGCAUCGCUUCAGCGCAAGAAAGGGCAAGAACCUACCAUUUGCGCACAGUUACAUCCACUAGCGGAAGAAACUGGAUUUGAAAUCAUUCAUGAUUUUACAUAUGUCGUUGAAGCAGGCUGGGGUUCCCGCGCUGAUCAACUGAUGGCUGACACCAUUGGUGCUGCUAUUCAAGGGUUGGCUCCAUUCUUGGCUAAAGAAAUGGGGGUUGACGACCACACUGGUAAAAAAUUGGUGGAUCAAGCCAUCGCCAACUUUGGACCAAGCAAAACCAUUUUCAACAUUUACUGCUUCUUGGCACGAAAGACAAGUAGCAUUUAA